AUUGUGUCCACCUGCCUGUCAGCAGUCACUCCACUCAACCUACACGAGCUGAUCAAGACCUCUCCACCAGGUGGAAGUGCUACAAAUGCUGAUCAUUGUUGGUCUUCUGGCUCUGACCUCCUCAAGUCUCGGCCAGUCGUGGAGGAAAGUUGAUGGAGCCUUGACACAUGUGUCACUGGGGGAGGCAGGCCUGUGGGGGGUUAACGCUGACAAUUACAUCUAUUAUCGGAAGGGGACGAGCGGGUCGCCAUGUUCCUCAGGCACGCAGUGGACGCAAGUCGGCGGACUCCUGAAGCAGCUGGACGUCGGUGAAGACAUCGUCAUUGGUGUCAACAACAACGAUGAGAUCUUCUAUAGAACUGGAAUCACCUGGGAAGAGCCUACUGGCUCCAACUGGGCCAAACUGGAGGGCUCUCUCAAACACGUGACUGUGUCCCCCCGUGGCGCCAUCUGGGGGGUUAAUUCGGCUAAUACGAUCUGGUUCAGGACGGGAACUAACCAGAACAAUCCAGUGGGAACCGGCUGGCAGAGCGUGCCUGGGGAACUGACUCAGAUUUCCGCAGGACGGCCAGGCGUGUGGGGCGUCAACUCUAACGACGACGUUUUCUACCGGGAGGACACCUAUGGCGACAGCAGCGUGGUGGGCGGUCGAUGGACUCAAGUCCAGGGAAAACUUGCUUACGUCACUUCCGGCUCAACAGGUGUGAUCGGCGUGAACAGACAGAAUCAGAUAUAUCGCAGAACCGGAAUCAACAGAGACAAUCCUACAGGAGAUGCGUGGACUCAGCUGAACGGAGGACUGAGCAUGGUGGAGGAGUAUGGCGGUGCCAUGUGGGGGGUGAACAGCGGGCAGGAGAUCUGGACAGCGCCAAGCAACUAGAAACAACCUCGUGACCCCAGGUUCAAAGCUGCUCUCUUCGACAAUUUUCACUUCUUUUCAUGUUUGUAGUUUCAAUAUGACAGCGCGAGCUAAGACAUCAGCAAUAAAGUCUCAUUGAAACUGA